AUGGCGGAUACCACACGCCAGUCAGCAAACAUGGAGACAAGCGGAAAAUCGCCAAACUACACCCUGACUAAGCUAGAUGCAAUUUUUGCUGCCUUCUGGACCAGGAUUGCGGAGAGGGCACUGAACACGGCUAAAGCUAAUCGUACCACUCUUGCACCCACACCACCCGCACUCCCGGGCACCAAGAGGGGACGCAAAAUGAUAGCCGACAGAGACCCCCCAAAGAGACACCGAAAACAGGUCCGGUGGCACAAGCAGAAACGUAGAGCCUUCACCAUGACAAGCACACACCCCCAAUGUAAGCUGCAACAACCCCACAGCGGACUAGAGCCGCCAUGCCCACCAGGACAACGCCGAUCGACUGCUAAAGCGCGACUUUACCACCCAGAUACCUGGCACCUAGUCAUAUCUACACCUCUGAAGUCUCAGGAGACAGGGGCUCCCGGAGACUGCAUCUGGCAACCGGAAGGGAUCGGAUGA